CACUCUUUUCCGUGUAUUUCUUCCACUGCAAAUGAUUGGGCAAUAAAUGUGAACCCAUUCACAGAUCCUGACCUCAUUCCUCGAAACCCCUUUUCUUGUUUUCUUAAUAAUUUAUUCGCCGCUCGAUCCGAUCGCGAUGGCUCUAUCCAAAGCCACGCCAACCGUUUCCUUACCCUCCGCUCCUCGUUCGCCCCGCGUUUGUUCACUUCUCCUCUCCUCUUCCUACUUCCCCUCCUCUUCUAUUCUAACCCUAACCCUAAGCUUCCCCGGUGCUCGAGAGCGAAUCCUGCGGAUCUCUCCGUAUCCCCCAUCCUCGAUGUAAGCGGAGCUGAUCGGAGGGCCGGCCUUCUAGUUUUCUUCGAUUAGAUUCUUCUAGAGGAUCCUUGGCGAUGUAGUUGGAUCGCUGCUGCUGCUGCUGCUGGUACUUGGCCUGCCCCUGCGGACGCCGCCGCCGUUUCAAUUCUUUUGCGGGGAGAUCGCGGCCGAAGGUUUUUAGACCCGGAUUGCCAUGGAAGGCGGCAGUAAUGUGGAACCGAGUCCGUUCUUGAGCUUGUUUGCUGCCUUUUCCUAUGGACUUGCUUCCAUGGCCAUGGUUUUUGUCAACAAGGCAAUUCUGAUGCAGUAUUCCUACUCCAUGACCCUUCUCACUUUACAGCAAUUGGCUAUGACCCUUCUCAUACACUUUGGUCGAGUCAUGGGGUAUACAAAAGCCAAAGAUUUUAACAUGGCAACAGCAAAGAAACUUCUUCCAAUAUCGGUGUUCUACAAUGCAAAUGUGGCUUUUGCAUUGGCAAGCCUGAAGGGGGUUAAUAUUCCAAUGUACAUUGCACUGAAGAGGCUCACACCGCUUGCUGUUCUGGUCGCUGGAUCUUUUUCAGGAAAGGCUAGACCACCAACACAGGUAUCUCUUUCAGUUGUAUGUACUGCUGUUGGAGUCAUAAUUGCAGCACUGGGAGACUUUUCUUUUGACCCUUUUGGCUACAGCAUGGCCCUUACUUCUGUUUUCUUCCAGACCAUGUAUCUUAUCCUGGUGGAAAAGUCAGGUGCAGAGGAUGGUCUUUCAUCAGUUGAGCUAAUGUUUUAUAAUGGUCUUAUCUCUCUACCUUUUCUGCUUUUUCUCAUCAUAGCAACAGGAGAAAUUCCACAUUCUCUUUCUAUAGUAUAUGACAAGGCAAGUUCUUUAACAUUCUUAAUAAUUCUUAUUCUUUCAUUGGUGAUGGGAAUUGCUUUGAACUACACCAUGUUCUUGUGCACUGUUGUCAACUCGGCUCUAACAACUACAAUUGUAGGAGUUCUCAAAGGGGUUGGAUCCACAACUCUUGGUUUUGUCUUAUUGGGUGGGGUGCAAGUGCAUGCUCUCAAUGUGACUGGAUUGAUCAUCAACACGGCUGGUGGUGUGUGGUAUUCAUAUGCCAAAUAUCAGCAGAAGAAGAAGAUGCCAAGGAAGGUAAUAUCUGAUGAAGAAGCACAUCAAAAAUAGAAAGUGUAAUUGUAAUUCCAAUAAGCUGUAUACAAUCUGCCUACCCAGCAAGCAAAUUCCAAAUUAAGGAAAAAGAUAAAUUCUAUUGUAAGCUGUUGUAUGAGGAACCGAUGAUCGACUGCAGUUCCGACUUGAUUGGAGAUGUUCAAUCACGUUAAACCACAGCAUAUGCUUAAAAAAAAAUUCUAAUCACAAUUUCAAUAAGAAGCGCUGAAAUGAUUUUCCAAGCUUAUGAAAAUUUCUGCCUACAACAAAGAAAAGGAUGACAUUUGAAUCAAUUUUACUGAACAAGAAUUAUUGAUGAACUCAUAUUCAAUCCAUUUAUAGUUAUUAUUUGGCUUUUGUGAGUGAA